AUGGUGAAAGAGACAGCACUUUACGAUAUACUCGGGGUCUCCCCAACGGCAUCCGAUGCUGAAAUCAAAAAGGGCUACCGGAAAAUGGCUCUCAAAUGGCAUCCUGACAAGAACAAAGGCGACGAACUGGCCGCUGAAAAGUUUAAGGAAGCGGCGGAAGCGUUUGACAUUUUAUCGAAUAAGGAAAAGCGAGAAAUUUAUGACCAAUACGGUUUAGAGGCUGCUCGUGGCAAUGCCCCUGCCGGUGGUAACCCCUUCGGCGGCGGUGGCGGUUCGGGCGGGCCCCAAUUCCACUUCAGCUCUGGCGGUGGUGGUGGCUUUUCUCAAGCCGAUGCCUUCAACAUUUUCUCACAGAUGGGUGGCUUCGGUAUGGGUGGUGGCGGUGAUGACUUUGGCUUUGGCGGAUUUGGCGGUGGCGGUCCUCAAUUCAGCAGUGGUGGCUUUGGUGGUGGCGGUUACGGUGGUAGCGCCGGCUUUGGCGGCGCUCGAGCCGCUCGUCGUCCUGAACCCGAUACUGUGACCAUGGCGUUGCCGGCAUCGCUCAAGGAAAUCUAUGAAGGGGCCACUAAGAAGAUGAAGCUCAACCGUAAGGGUCCUAGUGGUCAAAAAGAGCUGGAAAUUUUGCAAAUCAAGAUCAAGCCCGGUUGGAAGGCUGGUACUAAGAUCACGUUCAAGAACCAAGGUGACUGGCAACCCGAAUGCGAUGCGCGCCAAACGGUGCAGUUUGUCCUCGAGGAAAAGCCCGACCCCGUGUUUAAGCGUGAAGAAAACAACUUGGUGAUGAGUUUGCCAUUAACAUUCAAAGAAUCUUUGUUGGGUUUCAGCAAGGAAAUUCAAACCAUCGAUGGCCGCAAAAUCCCCCUCAAUAAGACCCAGCCGGUGCAACCCAACACCUCGACCACUUAUCCUGGUCUUGGGAUGCCCAUUUCUAAGCAGCCUGGUGCUCAUGGCGAUUUGAUCGUCAAGUACAAGGUCGACUACCCAUCGACUUUGACGCCAGUGCAAAGAAAGGUCAUUGAAGAGAACUUUUAA